AUGUGCUCUCCUGCCAGCUCCAAAAUCCUCUACCGGAACCCCCGCUUCUUGCACUUGGCCUUUCUGCAGCUUCACCAUCAGCAGCAGAGUGGCGUGUUCUGUGACGUCCUGCUGCGGGCUGAAGGCGAGGCUGUCCCAGCGCACUGCUGUGUCCUGUCAGCCUGCAGCCCCUUCUUCACGGAGCGCCUAGAGCAGGAGAGCCCAGCACCGGGUCAAAAGGUGGUCCUGGAGCUGGGUGGCCUGAAGAUCAGGACCCUGCGGAAGCUGGUGGACUUCCUGUACACAUCAGAGAUGGAGGUGUCCCGGGAAGAAGCUCAGGACGUACUGUCCGCAGCCCGCCAGCUCCGUGUUUGCGAGCUGGAGUCUCUGCAGCUGGAGGGAGGGAAGCUGGUAAAGACGGCCCCAGGCCGCAGGCUGAACCGCGAGUGCCUGCAGCCCAGCCCUGUGCCCCCCUCCAGCGUGGUGCUGGCCCCUAGCUGCCACCCUCAAAGGCCAGGGCCAGUGACACAGCCUCCCGGUCCCCCCAGGGCGGCAAGGUCAGUUCAUCCAGGGAGAGAAGCAGGUCCCCUGGAAGAGGGCACCCGGCCCCGCGCGGAGUGUGUCCCUGGCACACCGCUGCUCUCAGGAAAGGCCAGGGCCUGCCAGGUUCCUCAGGGAGCUAGCUUGGCAGGGUAUGGUCAGCAGCCUGGGGCUGACAAGCGGGACCCUGGGCUCAGGCCUGUAGCUCCAGCCCCACCAAGCCUAUCCGCUCCUGGGGACCAGCAGCUGCUGCGCAGGAAGAUCCGGCUGAGCCGCUCCAAGCCACCUCCCAGUGGCCAUGUGUCUGGGGCUCCUGGCAUACCAAGUGGACCCAGCACAGCACCUGCUGCUCCUGGCCGGAGGCUGUGGCGGCGGCGGCUGAACAGAGAAGCCGCAGAGGACAGGCAGAAUCCAGGCAGAGCCAGUCCUUUGCAGGGCUCCCCCGCCCCCUCUGGGCCUGGCAGGCCAGGUGGGAACAAGAAGCGGAGCCCUGAGGCCUCGGCCCCCGGCCCAGACUCCACGGAGGAGGGGCAGAUUGGCAGGGUGAAGCUGCGCAAAGUGGUCAAUGGCACCUGCUGGGAGGUGGUACAGGAGCCGCCCCUGGUCCUCGGCAACCCCUCAGAGAACCCCCAGACCUCAGCACCCGGAGACAUACAGCAGUCCCCAGUCAGAGAGCAGCAGGUAUCACCUACCAGGAUGGAGCUUUAUCAAGACUCUCCAGAGGGUGCCGGGGCACUGGAUGUCAUGCUGGCCGCUGGCCACUCCCCAGCACAGCUUGGGGCAGGGAGGAUGCUUGGGGCCAGCCCCAAGCCACUUAAGAAAGAGCCCACGCUGAGCGGGGACCCCAAGCUCUGUGCCUUUGGGGGAACCCUGCACGGGCGGCACUGUGAUGGGGCCUCAAGCUCCAUGGCCACCAGCGAGCUGGAGGACAUCCUGGACUUGGUGCUGUGCAACUCAGGCAUAGGACCACCUGUCAGGUCCCCAGAGAGCCCCGGGGCGGAGGGCUGCAGAACCCCAAGUUACCACCUGACAGGAGCAGGAGAGCACUGGAUGGAAGCGGAGGACUGGUGCCUGCCAGAUCUGGGGCUGUGGUCCAGAGAGCUGGUAGGGCUGGAACAGGAGCCUACUGGUGAGAGCAAAGAGCCACCCGGUACCCUGGCUGUACCCCCUGAGGGGAGGCGGGGCGAGGCACUUCCAGAGGGCAGCCCUUGGACUCAAGACCUUGAACUCACUGUCUCUGAGCCGCUGGAUGGUCACACCAGCUCCCCCGGAAACCCCUUGACACCAGGCUCCAGCUGGGCAGUGGAAGGGCUGGACAUGAGUCCAGCCAUGCACGAGGAGCUGUGCCCUGCUCCUGGGACAGGGCCUGGCCCACCCAUGGCUAACUCUGAAGAUGAGGAGGUUGACGUGGUGGGCUGGACGGCAGAGGCCAGGCUGGUACCCUCUGGCAUCCCCUCAGUGUGGCCUGACCCUUCCUCAGAGUCAGAAGCAGAGGUGGAUGUCCUCACGUAG